CAACCGUGUUGUGUUUCUGAUGGAGAUCACGGAGACGGGAUUUGAUCCAACGUUUUAUUCGUGCUGCGGGAAAAAAAAACAUCGGGAGCAGUUAUGCCACUAAGCAACAAAAUGUGCGCGUAUUGGUCGCAUUUGGAGCCCAAUCGAUUGCAGUGUUAGCAUCGUGAUAGCGAUGUAGUUAGCUGGGACGCUCGGACAGAAAAAGCCAGCCGUGCUCCGGUGUUUGGACCCGAUUUGUGUGCAAUAAUCGUCCAGUUUGCAGUUUUAUCUGGAAUGCAUCUCUCCAAGAAAUGCUCCGUCUUCAAAGUGGUGCUGAGUGCUCUGCUGAUAGUGGCGCUGCUGCAGCUCAUCUACCUGUCCUUUUUGUCCAAGUUUCACGGUAAGCAGCAGCGGUACCGAUACUCUGAGCUCUUUGGAGGCUCCGGGGGCAAGAAAAAUGGGCACCCCGAGAAAAACUCGCGGAAGGAGCGGCUGAGGUACUCGCUGUCUACCGGUGGGAUCUUUGACAACAGCGGUCAGUACCGUGUGUACAAGAAUUUGAUCAAAAGUGAUUACACCACAAACCAAAAGCCGGGAUCGGACCCCAGCUCCAAUGUGCUGGCUUUGGCCACACACACAACCAUCAACAACCUGCAUCACCUUGAAUCUCUCUUAGAAAGGUGGCAGAACCCUCUCUCUGUGGCCAUAUUCACACAUGGACAAGAUGUCAAGUUUGCCACGGCUCUGGUUUACGCUCUCAGCUUCUUCUGCCCUCAGAUUCAGGCUCUGGUGGACUUCCACCUGGUCUGCCUCUCUGGAGAGAUGGCCAGCUUCCCCGAGCAGGACCGAGAGCAUUUUGCAGGUCUUGAGGACUGUGCUGCUGUCUUCUCCAGACUGGAGACUCACAGGGAUAAAUACAAGAACUACGCUAUCAGUGGAAACGUCUCCUACCCCAACAACCUUCUUCGUAAUGUUGCCCGAAAUGGCAUAGAGUCCUCCUACAUCCUGGUCAUCGACAUCGACAUGAUGCCAAGCGCUGACCUGCACCAGCAGUUCCUGGCCAUGAUCAUGAGGCGCGAGCCAGCCAGCGAUGAGGUGUUUGUGUUGCCCGCUUUUGAGAUACGCCACGCCCGGAAGAUGCCCGCGAGCAAGACAGAGUUGGUUCAGCUCUACCAGGUCGGCGAGGUCCGGCCGUUUUAUGAAGAACUAUGUCCUCGCUGUCAAGCCCCGACCAACUACUCACAAUGGGUCAACAGCCACGUCAGAGGGACCGGCACCCUGGAGGUUGCCUACACACUCACCUGGGUUGACCCCUGGGAGCCUUUCUACAUCGGGCCCCAUACUGUGCCCCUCUAUGAUGAGAACUUCAAGCAAUAUGGCUUCAAUCGGAUCAGUCAGGCCUGCGAGCUCCAUGUGGCCGGAUACAGGUUCUCUGUGCUGAGCUCGGCCUUCGUGGUGCACCGCGGCUUCAAGAUCCAGGGGGAGUUCCACGCCAAGAAAGACGAGGAGAACAAACACAACCGGGUUCUGUUUCGCAACUUCAAAGAAGGCCUGAAAACCAAAUACCCAUCCUCCAACCGACGGUGCUGAAACGAGAUGGGGACUACACAUCCUGCCUCUAUUAGUCUGGAACAAAAUUCAUCUUCUGCUGAAAUGACGGACAUGCAUUUUUCUUAUUUUAACCAGAUUUAGCUUUGAGUCAGGCUCUCUGUGCCAAAAACGUCCCAGUUUUUCUUUUAUUUCCUGUGAUGGCGGCACAGUAGGAGUUCAAUCCAACUCUUGGGUUUACUUCCCUCUGAAAGUGAGCAGCAGGGAAAUAUUCUGUGGGGAUUUCUAAGAGCGCUCUGCAAGUUGGGACUGAAAGAAAGAAAUGAUCAUUCAAGCCUGGAAAACUGGCCAGCAGCUUUGUUUGCAUCAGAUGCAAAUCUAAAAUUGAGAUGCCAUUUGAUCGACGUAAAUGUUAAAGUAUUUUUACAACAUUUAUGAGCUCAUCCGGAUACAAAACUAGACACAGACCCAGAGUCUCUACAUAUUCACUCAGAGAGAUAUCUUAAGAAAUAAAAGUCCUGCUUUCACUAAAACAUAAAGUGAAAGCUCCCACAUUUCACUACAGCUGAUUAAAGAUUGCCUUGUUACUCAAAGUCCAACUGAAAUCACAGUCAUCUCAUUUUGCAGUCAAAACUAUUGUCAAAUUUAUCAUUAUUCUUUUUUUUUUUUUUGAAAAGGAAGAAAGUGUUUUUCUAUCCAAAAAAUAAAACAGUUUUACUGCGUUAUGCAAAUAUGGUUUGAAAUGAAACAAUACAACUGCCUAAAUUAGUAUGUUACCGGUUAAAAAAAAAACUUUGCCUGCAGCCCUAAUGUAGUCUUUGUUAUAGGUCAAGUGUGUAUUUAGGGGCAUCAUUUGCCUGGCAAUCGCGACGGAGUCUAUUGCCGUUAUUUAUUUAUUUUUAAAACAACAUAUGUGCUAAUUUAUGUAGAAAUAUUGUGUAAUUCUCCCUUUUGGUUUCUGAUUUAUUUCUCAAGAGAGAACGGGACCCAGAAUUUAUAGAACAGAUACAUAUCUGUAGCAAGAAAAAAAACCCCAUCAAUUUCAGUUUAAAUCAUCGCAGCAAACAAAUCUAGCACUGUUCCACACAUUUUUAAAUAUUUUCAGGUAUUCAGUCAUAACUAUGAGGAGAAACAAAAAGACUAUUUAUACUAAUGAUUACAAAUCCUGUUUUUCACAAAUUUAUCACUAUUUUCUCUUUGAAUGCUUGCUUCCUUUAAAUGCCGUGCCAAUCAAUGAUGUGGCCCGACCACCAGGUGGCGACACACACUCGAGUGUUGAGUGCAGUGUUGCCGUGUAUUUUAGCCUGAAGUGAGUGUUAGAGACACUACAGCAGAACACGGGGAUUACACAAGGCCAGUGUUUGGCGCUCUGGGGGAUAAAAACGUACGCUGCGCCGCAACUGUCAGCACAUUUCAUACGUUCUCAGUCCUCUGCGAGUGCCGAAAAACUGUGAGGAGAGUACUCACGUCAUGAGGACGACAAAGCACUGGGAAACUUUACAUGAACACUGUCAUUUUGCCAAAACUGUGGAGAACUACUGUAUUAUAACACAGAGGAUCUGACGCUGGUAGUCUGUUAGAUUAUCAAGAGUUGUGGGUUUUCUCCUGAGUAUAUGAUGGGGACAGGUAGAAAUGUAGCAUGGAUAAAAAAAAACUGCACAAUCAAAAGCAGUCUGUGUUGUCAAACGAUUUCUGUGGAAAUGUUUAUCUCAACACCACUAGAAAUAAGCAAAUUAUUGAUCUUACAUUAUUCUGUAACCUACUGGUACAUACAGCACAUACGGUAUUAAACCUCAACCACCACUCUUCUCAUGUAAACUGUACUGCAAAGUAUGCAUAUAUAAAAAGCAGUUUGGUUACUUUUUAGUGUUAAGUUGUUAUGUAAUUGUUGAUUUUGAAGAGAUUUAAAUAUGGUUUCUUUCAUCGCUUGUAGUGUUUAUGAUAUAUUUAUUGUGUAAAGUUUUCCUUUGACUGGAAUCGGUUCAAAUGUUUUUUAAAAUGACCCCAAGCAGGAAAACUGUAGCACGAAAUUGUGUUUGGUGCAAAAAAAUGGUUUGGUAUUAAACAUUUUUCAAGAAACACUAUAAAAGAUUUUUAGAUUGAGAUCAGUUUCAUUAAGUUAUCUUCUGUGGUGAAGUGUAUUUAUUUUUUUCUUUUUGUGUUCACAAAAUGUAAUGCCUGAUUUGUAUUGUUGGAAUUUCUA